CGGGUAUUCGUUCUCGUAAGGUUCAAUGGGAGACCUCGUGCCGAGGCCUGGUUUAUCGCAGACACGAUGCCUAUGAUUCAUGGCGCAUUGAGAAACAACAACCGUGACAAAUGGUUUGAGAGCAGCAUCAGCCCAACUGUCGCAGUGCUCACAGCAGUCACUGAAGGAGUGACUAUAGCUCUUCUUGCAUAA